UGUCAAUCGUGGUGGUGACAAACAAUCUGCGUCGCGCUGCAUUUUUCCACAUUUUCCCUGCACCAGGAAUCAUUGAGAAACAUUUUGGGGUGCAGGAGUGUGUGCAGAAAGGCUGGGAGUGAAGUGUAAAGUGCCUGUUGUGCCAUUUGUCUUGCACACAUCGCGCAUUUUGACGGGGUGUAAAAGUGUGAUGGCCGAGAGUGCUGACAAAGAUUCGCGAUGGUACUUCACGACGGAACAAUUACAGAACUCCCCCAGCCGAAAAUGUGGUAUAGAUGCGGACAAGGAGCUUGUGUAUCGCCAACAGACGGCAUACCUGAUCCAGGAGAUGGGGCAAUCUCUGAGAGUAUCCCAGCUGUGUAUAAACACCGCCAUCGUUUAUAUGCACCGCUUCUACGCAUUUCACUCUUUCUCCCACUUCAAUCGCCACAGGAUAGCCGCAGCGAGCCUCUUCCUGGCGGCAAAGGUGGAGGAGCAGCCACGAAAACUCGAGCAUGUCAUUCGUGUGGCCUUCACAUGUCUCAACAUCGAGGCGCCCGAUCCAUCCAAAGAGUCUUUCUCGGAGCAGGCGCAGGACUUAGUGUUCAAUGAGAAUGUCUUGCUCCAGACAUUGGGCUUCGAUGUGGCCAUUGAUCAUCCCCACACACACGUCGUAAAGACGUGCCACCUUGUGAGAGGUGAGACGAGUCGAACCACCUUAGGAAAUUCAGGAAUUUCACAGCAAUUCUCAGACACUCUAUCCCUUACAGCGUGCAAAGAUCUGGCCCAGACUUCUUACUUUAUGGCGUCCAACAGUUUGCACCUAACAACAAUGUGUCUUCAGUACAAGCCAACUGUUGUGGCAUGCUUCUGUAUCCAUCUGGCUUGUCGAUGGUCAAAUUGGGAUAUUCCUCAUUCGUCUGAGGGUCUGCCGUGGUUUCACUAUGUAGACAAAUCAGUGACAAAGGAGCUGCUGACGCAACUUACUGAGGAGUUUCUGCAAAUCUAUGAAAAGAGCCCAUCGAGGCUGAAGAACAAGUUGAAUUCCAUCAAGACACUGGCCCAGAGUGCAAAGACCGAUGAUGGCCCCAAGAGUGGAUCAUCAUCAAGUCAGGAGCGUUCGUCCAAUCACCACAGAACCUCUAUGUCGCACUCGCAUCACCAUGCCAAGCAGACGGUGGAUCCUAAUAAUCCAAAGGCGGCGAUGCCUUCGUCAUCUCGUCAGCAGCAGUAUCAGAUGCAUCAUCAGGGAAAGUCGAGGGACCGUCUAAUUGCACCGCCACGCGAUGGACAAAAUUCUAUGAAAAACAGCAUGGCGGGAAAAAGUGGUGCGAUUCAGAGCAGCUCGAGUCACAAUCGAGUAUUGCCGCCUCCAAGAGAUGCCUUCUCGAGGGAGUCGGGCAAGAGCCGACCCUCCUUUCCUCAUCAUUCAGGCGCAUUUCCGCAUCAUCAGCAAAAGAAAGAGUCCUUCCUGUUGUCUUCCGCACAGUCAUCAUCGAAACCCUACUUUGGUGAUCCCACUCGGACACAUCCGAGCACGUCCAACUUAUCCCAGGGUAUGAGGUAUGGGCAGAAUUCACACAAACACUCCGAGGUGACGUUUAGCCAAUCGAAAAACUCGCUAGGACAUCAGGGUAUCGAGGAGGCUUUGCAGAACAAAGAUGUGGCUGAAUCUGUGUCUCCUAAGCAUCCGCAGAAAUCCAUUUUUAGUCCUGAUCAGCCUGAGAAGGUGGAUGUGGUGAAGAAGGCGCCGCCGCCUAUGCGAUUUGAUGAGCGACGCGAUAUGAAGAAGGAGAAGAAGCCCGAUGUAAAGGCACCCGUUCAGAAGGUGGCUACUGUUAAACCUAUGACAAAGCAUCCUUCAUCAUUUGGAGGACCACCGUACAAGUCUGCGACGAGCAGUGUGAAACGAUCCUUUGACGAAAUGACCCGCCAUGAGGAUAGUGGCAUUGAUUUCCGGGAGGCAAAGAUGCGUCGCUCAGAGGCGGAGAAUGAAUCGCGUGCGCGAGCUGGGAAAAUGGAUAACAUGUCAUCGGUGAAUCCUUUGAAUUUGGGAGGGAGUUUUAAUGCCUUCGACACGACAUUUGAUCAGCACAAGGGCAACAAAACGUUUCCACCAUCACUGGCUAACAGCAUCGAAACGAAUCCAGAUCUGGUGAGUUGUCUGCUCAAGGAGAGUCUCAGUGAGAACAAGUUCGGGUCAGCAUUGAGCACGGUAGCGGGCGGUGGUCAGGAAAAGCCGUCCAUGCAUCCUGCGGUGCAGGGCGGCAUGGAGGGGCCGAUAGUGUGUGAGGGUGUCACUUUGACUGCUGAGGGAAAGAUUGCGGGCAUGCCGUGUGCUGGUGGGGCGCCGCAGCCUGCGACUCUGGUGAAAGUUGUUGCCGACAUGGCUCUGGAGGCCGGCGGGGACGUGCUGCAUCACAAGAGCAAGUCUGAGAAGAAGAAGAAGAAGGACAAGCAUAAACACAAGGAGAAGGAUAAGAGCAAAGAUCGCGAGGAGCGAAAGAAGCAUAAGAAGGAUAAAGAGCGGGAGAGGACGAAAGAUGAUGAGCAGAAAGGAGGCGAGGAAGCGCCUGUCACCGUCAAAUUCUUGCCGCUGCCGCCGAGGGACAAGGGAUCUGUGGAAGGCGGCACCGACAGUGGAGUGAAGCUCAAAAUCCCGAGAGACAGGAUACGGACGGACUUGAGUGCCGGCCAUAUAGGAUAUGACAACAGCAUGCCAUCGGUUGAACUGAUACCGGAAAAGCCGUCAUCCUCACUAAAGAUCAAGAUCUCCAAAGACAAGAUUGAGAACUUUUCCGAUGGGUCGUCUUUCGCUGGGCCGUUUGCCGGUGGAAAGAAGAAGGAUAAGGAUAAGGAUAAGCCUAUGAAGUACCCAAUGUAAUUGGGUUCUGACAUAAAGGAGCGUCUCAGUAAUUACAUAUAUGAUUGAGACAGAGAGAGCAAGCAGGGAGAUGUAUUUUGAAUUUACCUCUUGUUUCCUUUACAUGUAAUAGCUUGUAAGAUUGAAGACAGAAAAAAUACACAGAAUAAGCUUCUGAAAAGGAAAUGAAAAAAAAGCAUGGAAAAUAGGGACAAAGUACGAUUGUAAAAUUAUAUCCACGAGAUUGUGAAUAUUAAAAUUAGUAGUUUUAUGAAAUGAUUGAGAAUGCAUGGAAGAAAACUACCAGAAAAUUGGGAGUUUUUUCUAUUUUUUUUUAUCCAAUUACUGUUAGCGAAAAUGUUAUUGCUAAUUAAAUAUGAUAAGCAGAUGAUAUACAAGAGUCUACAAAAUAAAUUAUUUUGCAGAAGCGACUACAAAUUUGGUCAUGAUUUACUCUUAACAAGAGGCGAGAUCCUCUUGCAGUUUAUCUCGCGAAAAUGAAUUUUCUGCGGGGAAGAAAUUCUGUAGAUGUUUGAGAUUCACUCAACAGAUCUAUUGCAGAUUUAUCGACAUUUAGUUGAAUUUGUAUAUAGGAAUAUUAAAUAAACACUUUUUCUCAUA